CGCGUCUGUCGGGCGGGCGACGCUCAUCUGUUUCUUUUCAUUCACGAAACUCUCACUUGAAACAUUUUUUUUUUCUUAACAUAAACUAAACUUUUUAAGUGCCAGUGUCAUUUCCAAUUGUACUGAUAUUCUUUCAUAGUUCGGAACCGAAUUAGCCGCUAAGAACGUUUCAGUUGAAGUUAGGACACUGUGUGAAUUCUGAAAAGUUGUUUGUAGAGCAGUGCUUUCAGUUUCGUGUUGUCCCGCUCUGUCGCAGGAAGCUCUGAAGGGAGACUUGUUUUGUUUUCAUGAUUUUCUUUGGUGCGAAUUCGUAGCGGAUUGAGAAUUAAGAUAGUAAAUCACUGAUAUCUUGUGCAUACAAGAAUACACGACGCGUACAAACAGUGCCGCGCCACCCACGUAGCCUGAUAACGCCUGCAUCCCGUGCAGAGAAAUUAAUCUAGCACACGGUAUGCUUCCUGCAUGCAGAUAGCGUGCUCCGGCGCAUCGCGCAAGUCCGCGAGCAUGUCCGCCAGCACGCUCAGCUGACAGCCGCUCCCGCCAUGUCGCCCGCCACCGCCGCCGCCGCCACCGCCGCCGCCGCGCAAGGCCGAUGUCCCACUCAUCAAAAUUCCGAGCGCACGCCCGAAACCCUCGAUCCCGUCUCACCAAAUAUGGAGCCUGUUACAUCAAACCCUUCCAACAAUGCGAUGGACUCUAGCAUAGAAAGUAAAAACAAAAAUCAUUCCAUUGAUAAUUUAGAAAACGAACUGAUCGAUUUAGAUAGAUGUAUAGCGCCUAAAUGCAAAUGCCAAAAUAACAGAAGGCGAGAGUCAUGUAAGGGAAGGAAACUAUAUGAUAUGGUUAAAAAUGAAGAUGUAGACAGAGAGUCGAUAACUGUUAAAAGGGUAAGCGGCUUAUAUGGUAAUACAGUGUGGGCCGCUAAUUUGAAAUGGAAAUGUUCAGUGGAGUGGAGGAAAUUGAGGAGCACAAUGAGGGUGCGUGCGCGCGCCGUGUCCGUGCUGGCGAUGCUGCUCGCACUGGCGACCGCAGGGGCAGCUGCGCCGGCGCGUGCGAGGCCUGCCAGAAGCGCUCAAAACGACAAAUUUGUGACAGACUACCUCCAAAAGUUCGGGUACCUGCAGGCGGGGCGGCCCGAGGUGCAGAAUUUAGUGUCGGGCGUCGACGCCGAGUACUACGAGGACGACUUCAGGAUCGCGAUCAAAACGCUGCAGGUAUGA